GCAGCAUCAUUGCCUUCUCCGUUCCUCCUCCUCCGUUUUCUUGAAAUCCCACAUUUGUCCGUUUGGAUUCCUUCUGCUAAAAUCUUCCCCUGAAAUCCCGACCUUGUCUUCUUCUUCUUCGCCCCUCUCGUUCUCUCUCCCCUUCUUCUCCUGCUUCUGCUCCUCCUCCUUCUUCUGCUUCUUCUUCUUCUUUUCUGCAUUUAGGGGGACAAGGUUAGGGAUCUCUGGGGGAAGGGGAGGAUGGGGAGCAACAGGGGGAGGGUCAUCGGCGAUUACAAAGUGUGCGAGCAGGUGGGUUCUGGGUCUUUCUCGGUUGUAUGGCGAGCAACGCAUAGGAGUACUGGCUCGGUGUUCGCCAUCAAGGAGAUCCAGAUGCAGAGGCUUACGAAGAAGCUACAGGAGAGCCUCCUCUCCGAGAUAGUUAUCCUCCGCAAGAUAAACCAUCCUAAUAUCAUCCGGCUCCACGACAUCAUUGAGACCCCAGGAAAAAUACACCUAGUACUGGAAUACUGCCGAGGGGGUGACCUUUCAAUGUAUAUACACAAUCAUGGAAAAGUCCCAGAGGCAACAGCAAAGCACUUCAUGCAUCAACUUGGUAUGUUUAGCCUGGUAAAUGAGGAAGUCAAAAUAUUAGCUGCAUCAGGGUUGAGCAUUCUCCGUGAACACAAUAUCAUUCAUCGUGAUCUGAAGCCCCAGAAUCUGCUCCUCUCUUCUAAUGACAAUCAUGCUGUUCUGAAGAUAGCUGAUUUUGGAUUUGCCAGGCCUUUACAACCUCGAGAUCUGGCUGAGACGUUAUGCGGUUCCCCCCUGUACAUGGCUCCAGAAAUAAUGCAACUACUCAAGUAUGAUGCAAAGGCAGACCUUUGGAGUGUUGGUGCUAUUCUGUUUCAACUUGUAACAGGAAAGACCCCCUUUUCUGGGAACAACCAGGAACAGUUGCGGCAAAAUAUAAUUAAGUCAAAUGGCUUACGGUUCCCCCCAGAUUCUAGGAACUUGAGUGCUGCUUGUGUUGAUUUAUGCCAAAAAUUGCUUCGCUGUAACCCAGUUGAGCGAUUAACAUUUGAGGAGUUUUUUAACCACCAAUUUAUCUCUGAGCGCCUUUCAGAAGGGUCCUUGAGGACAUCUGGAGUAAGAGAUGAGUCUGGAAGCAGUCCCGGAAGGCUUACUGAUGAGAGCUCACAAGAGGAUUGUUUGCCUUUCCAUUUGGAUGAUGAAUCUAGUGGACCUGAUGCAAGUCCAUCCUUCCAGUCAAAAAGGACAUAUACAGAGCCAACCCCUUUUGCAUUUCCCCUGGAUGCCAGAAUUGAGAACAGAUCUGAUGCUAAUGCUUCUAUUGCCAGGGAUAUCUGUUCUAGAAACAGGAAACCUGUGUUUGGGACUGAUUGUACCAAUUCUAAACUUAAUUGCCUGAGGCCUACUUCAGACGUGACUUAUGGAGAGUCUCCGGUAGUAACAGAAACUCUGCCAUCUUCAAGAGUAAUGGAUUCACAGGAAAUUGUUGAGGACUAUGUGAUUGUACCUGGUCCACCUGUUGAAGUUUCUUCUUCAGCAGGGAGUGUAUGCCAGGCAGCUAACUUACCCAGCAGAUCUGAUGGUUCACAAGGAAAGUCUAUGAAGGAUGCCACAUUAAGUUCACCAAUGCCAAUAGCUGGCGUGAUGAUGGGGAACAUGUAUGGAAGUCUUGGAAGUAACAGUUCUGCACCAUCUGGGACCUCACUAGGGUCAGUAGAUAUUGGAGAUGUUUCGGAGCAGCCAUCUACUGAUUGUGUAACACGGAUUAGAUCACUGCAGCAAUGUGCAUCUGCUAUCAGUGAGAUAGUGACUGAGAAGAUAGAAUGUGGCAAGUGCUUGGAGGCUUUUUCUGUUCAGUUGGUAAUUCUUGCAAUUUGGAAGCAAGCUGUAAACAUCUGCCAUGCACAAGCUGCUUCAGCAAGUGAACCUAAUCUAUCGCAAGAAACUGUAGGAAGAAGAGGCCACAUAACAUCACAUUACAUAGACAUCCUUGAUGCCCCCCGUACCACUGCGCUAGAAGGUCAAGUUGCUUGCUCCACGAUUGAAAAAGAUUUUCUUCUUGAAGUUGGGCGAGCAGAAGAACUAGCUCGUGAACUUGGGCCAGUUGAUGGGGGCACGGAGAUGCCUGAUGCAGUGGAGAUCAUUUUCCAAUUUGCCCUUGCAUUGGGACGUUAUGGUGGUGUCGAGGAGUUGAUGGGUAACAUGGAGAGUGCUGCAAGCCUCUAUGCAAAGGCAGUUCGCCUGUUUUUCUUUCUUCUGGUGGAAGCACCAUCCCUCAUUCUAAACCCCCCACUCUCCCUUACAAAUGCAGAUCGCAUGCGGCUGCGUAAUUACAUUGACAUUUUGAACAAUCGGAAAGGUCAAUCCAGAUCCAUGAGAAUGGCUCUUCUCAACUGUGGGGAGCAAACUAGCCUCUGAUUGAGAUCUUAGCCCUGUUGGUACUUUCUUUUGUAAAUUUGCAUUAUUUGUACAGUUGAUUUUUUCCAUCUUCCUUUUUUUUGUCCUGAGAAAGUGAGCAGGAGAAAACGCAAAUGUAUUCCCUGAAUUAAAUGAAGAUGAUGUAAGGUGUGAAUUUCUUGCUUAAUCAGUUAUUGUAUAAACAUUUGUUUCAAGUGCAAACCAAAUUGCGUUCACUUGUUGAACUUGGUUUUCA